CUUCGUCCUAGUGCAAAUAACAAAUUUAAGUUAUUGCUAAUUUCUGUGGAAAUUGAAAUACAUAUUGAACAAUUGCGUGGCCGAUUCUGCAUUUGUUUAAGUGUGUGGACACAAGGAGGGGAAAAAGUUAACAACAAAAUGUCUGAAAAUUAAAACCAAAAAAUAAUAUUUGUAUCAAUCAAUAUACUACACAAAAGAUAUAUAAAUUAUACAUAAAAAACGACCAUAUGCAGAAGUGACGCUAGUUUUUUUAAUGUUUGAUAUCGCUUAAUAUUCAAGAUGGCCAAAAUGCAGAAAAAUAAAGAUGUAUUUGAUAGCACUGAUUUUCCAGUGUUACUAUCAACAUUGUCAAUGAAAGAGGUCAUGGUUCUCGAAUUUCGAUUUGUCAACGUCAAUAAGUGGGAGAAUAUGGUAUCCUGCACGAAUCCACAAAAGAGGUUGUAUUCAUGUAAUGUUUGCCAAGUUUCUCAGUCCUCGGAGAAGAACUUGUUUAGUCAUCUUAUGGGCAAGAAACAUAUUCUGAAGAUGAACACAGUAAAACAAAUCCGUCUUCCCAAAGGAUAUGGAGAAACAAGUCAAAUUGAGAAAAGCCCAAUCGCACAAUUGACAACAGAACCUAAAAUAAUAGUCAAGACACCUUCUUCUAUAAAAAACACAAAAGCAGAAGUAGUUACUUCGAACAAUAUUUCAAUCUCCACUGUGCAGCAAAGUAAAAAAAAACAAGUUGCACCUAAUUUAAAUCAAAUUGUAACUAAGACAGUACCGAACAAAAUGGAAACAAAAGCAGAUGCCGAGACAAUAAUCACCAAGAAAAAUAUUGCACCUAAAAUUGAUUUGGUAUCGAAGCCAAAUAUCCCUGACGAAGCACCUAUACAAGAUUUGAUAUCAACACCUAAGACAACAGUUGAAGCACCUAAAAAUGAUUUGAUAUCAACACUCAAGACAACAGUUGAAGCAACUAAUAAGGAGUUAGUAUUAAAACCUAAAACAGAAGCACCAAAAAGUAGACUGGUAUCAAAGCCUAAGGUAGUUGUUGAAGCAUCCAAAAAAGAAUUAGUAUCAAAUCCAAAGACACCUGAGAUAUCCAAUGAUGCAAUUAAAACACCAAAUAAAAAUCAAGAGGCAAAUAAUUCAACGGCAACUAAUUCGAAAAACAAUACCAUGGUUAGCAGUAUCACUCCAACUUCAAAAUCUUUGACUUCUUCAGUGAACGAAAUAGAUGCAAAGUCGAAAACCUCCAAUUUACCAACAAAUGUUGCAGAGGAAUUAUCUGAUCAUUGCAAUGUGGAAAAAUUUCCGCAAAAAGAAACGAAAACUAAAACUAUUACAGUGAACUUGCUAAAACCUUCAUCGCACUCGAAUGUUGUGAUAAACCCUCUGUCAAAAGCAGCAGCAUCUGUGAGAAAAAUAUCCUGUGUUCCUAUAUCAAAGUUAAUUAGCCAAGCACCUCCGGAAGUUGAUAAAAUGACCGUUGACGUUGAUGAUGACGAUGUUGUCUCUGUACCAGAAUCUCCUUCAAAAGAAAUUGAAAUAAACAUUCGCAAAAAGGACAAAUCUAAUGAAAAUACCAACGUUAUAGAAAAGGUUGUCACAACUAGCGCAUCUGAUGGCACAAUUCCAGUAAGUCCCACUUUUGAAUCUUCAUCGCAUAUGACGGACGUCCUGGGACUAUUAGGUGUUGAGUACGUUUUAAAAAUUGUUAAAAGUAUAAGUGAUAAAGAUCCGAGAUUUCUAUGCACCUUAUGUAAUAUUACCACAGAUGAGUUAUCAAUGCACAAUCAUCUCCUUAGCAACACUCAUCGUUUAAAAUAUUGCGAAGAGCAUUUUCCUACAGCUAUCCGGCAGUACAAACAGUAUGUUUCCGAAGUGCCGGAGCAUCAAGUACACAAGAUAUUGACUCCUAUUUUAAAUAAACUAGCAAAAGCCAUUGAAACACAUCACGGUCGGGAGAACUCAUAUCUUUGUUAUGAGCGCUGGUUUACAAAGAACAAAAAAAGCCUAAUUUCAACCGCUUUCAAUCGCAGACAUGCAUCUGAAGCUCUUGGCCCAACAUUUAUCCAUGUUAUUGAUUCAACUGAAGUGGAUGUAUUAAUUGAAAACGCAACUCGGACAACCGAUCAGCCGGCCAAUAAUUUAAAUGUGGUUAAUAAAGUGGUUCCAUUUAAUCCCUUCAACGCUUCUAGUAAUAGGUAUUCAAAUCAUCAUGCUGUUAAUAAUUAUCGCCCAGCUGUACCAGUAAAUACCAACUAUUUGCACAACAUUGAAACCGUUGAUGAUGAAACACACAAACGAAUGGUUGAAAAUUUUUUAAGAGAUACGCGUCAUGCUCAACCUAACCGCCAUCGAAAUCCAUCUCGAAAAGUUUCCAAACGGGACCGAUCUAGAUCGAAUUCAACUGAUCGAAAGCGAAACCGGACAACGCCUGUAUUGAUAUCGCAAUGGAAUAUAGAGCGCAGAUCCAUAUCUCCUCUACGAGAUGGCGACAUUUGGCAGGCUUAUCGACAUAUGGUUGAUCAGAGUAUACGCGAGUUAAAUACAACGUUUGACCUAUAUAAAUCCGAUCCCGAACAACAUCCUAAUUAUAAGGAUGAGUGGCAAAAGUUUUGGAAGCGACGCAAAGAUGAACUUAUUGCUGCUGGCAUUAAUCACCGAUCUUACAAUUUUCAAAACGAAUGGAUUUUAUUUUUUAAUGCUCGUUUGGAAGAACUCUAUAAUCAAGAUGUGGAGAAUAUUAAAAUAAAGUGCCGAGAAAGACUGUGUUUGCCAAUGACCAAUACUGAAUUGGAAAACCCAAAAUACCAUGUUAACAUCUCUGAUGAUAUUUCGGAGCCCGAGAGCCCAAAGAAAACACAACAGAAAAAUGCCAACGAAAAUCCGACAAAACUUCAUGAGAGCUUGGAAGAGGUUAAUGUUAUUCACGUCCUUCGACUUCUGACUGCUCUGGAGAAUUAUUUGGGAAGUUUGGGUCCCAAUAUUACGGAAUUGUUGGCUAAAGCACUGCAGGUGUCUAAGGUACAUCCAAAUAAAAUCGAUCAAUUAAUUCUUACAAGCGAAAAUUGUGACAUCCUAGAAACGGCAAAGGAAAAAUUCACAGGUCUUAUAAUUUCAAAAAUUUUAGACUCUAACCAAGAGCGUGCUCUUAAAAAAGCAGUUAAUGACACCGAGUCCUUGCUUGCGUAUGCCUCCAAAAUUAGGGCACAACAUACCAGCAGAGACGUGGAUCCAGUAGGAAGUACGGCUGUAGAUCAGUUGAAAGCGAGCUCAUAUCAUGGAACAUCUCAGAAGUCAAACUCCAAUUCAUCCAACAAAGCAUUCGACAAAUCAGAUCUUGUUACCAAACUGGCUUCAUCGUUGAUCUCACAGGGCAAAACAAGUAUUAACCAAGAACAGCUUAAGCAAAUUAUUCAAGUUUAUUCUUUAAUUGAACAAAAAAAACAACAGGAGACACCUUCCACUACUCGGCCUGCCAGUAACUUGGUCAAUAAUUCAUCUUCAAAUUUGAUUUUCAAGCAAACUAAAGCCCCAAAUGAGAUGGAGUUCUCCGAAAGUACCAAUAAUAACUUUACUGCACAAAAUCGAAAUCAACAAUCGUAUAAUCCUAAUCACAACACCGCCGUUGAUCGUCGUACAUUUUCAAAUCAGAGACCAUUCAUGAACUCUAAUAUGACCAGCAAUUUAUAUAACAUGAAAACUAGUUCCAAUUACUUCUCUGCAAAUAUGGCUCGCAAUAAUAAUACAAAUUAUAAUCAAAAUACAAAUGAUAUGGACUACACCAGCAGCGGGCAGGAGCCGCAAUUCAACCAACACGAUGGCCAUCUAUUUGACAGUGCACAGUUUACAAGAAAUAGGAACCCGUCAUCCUCAUAUAUUGACAGAUCUUAUUCUUUUGGCCCGACUGAUGGUAACACUGGAGAGAAGCCUCCCUGGAUGCAAUGAUGUGCGAAUUGGUUUAGAUUUUAAUGCACUUAAUCUUAAACCUAAACAAAUAUACUUUGUAAUGAAUUCCGAUUUUUAUUUACUUAUGUUUAAAAAAUAUCUUUACUUACAUGCA